AUGGACACGCAAGGACCCGCGUCUGCGUGCGAGAGACUGGUUGAAGCUGGGCUAGGGCCACGGCUCAUCUACCCCCACGAAGACGGAUAUCGCGAAAAGGUGACACCACACUGGUCACUCACUGCUCAACUUACACCCUAUUGCGUUGUGCAACCACACACUACCGAGGAGCUAUCCCACGCAGUGGCCAUACUGGCAAAAGCUGAAAAUUGUUUCUUCGCGGUUAAAAGUGGUGGCCACUGCGCGUGGCCCGGGGCUAGUAAUUGCGAGAAUGGCAUCUUGAUCGAUCUUGCCAAAUUGAACAACGUUCAAUACGACGCAGCACGCAACAUUGUUGCUGUUCAAGCUGGAUGUAGAUGGAAAGAUGUAUAUCAGGCCAUUGAGCCUCAUGUUGUUACUGUAAACGGCGGGCGCGAUGCUGCUGUCGGCGUCGGCGGGCUUCUGUGCGGCGGAGGCCUUUCGUGGCUGCUGCCACGAUAUGGCUUCGCAUGCGACACUGUCAUUAACUACGAAGUCGUUCUAGCCAGUGGAAAGGUCCUCAACGUCAACAAGAACGACAAUGCUGACCUCUUCAUUGCCCUGAAAGGUGGAGCAUGUAACUUUGGCAUCGUCAGCCGCUUCGACCUGGAGGCUUUCGAAGGGACAAAGGUUUGGGGAGGCAUGCGUAUUUGCAACACAGAUUCCACCUCUCCCAGCAUUGAGCACUUUGUCAAGUACGUUGACAGCGUUGAGGAGGAUUUAGACACUUCUUAUGGAAUCAUGUGGGGGUGGCAGCCGUCCUUCGGAGCCAACAUGCUUACGUUCAUGAUGUGCAACACCAAAGGGGUUGUUAAUCCACCGGUGUUAGCAAAGGUCUUGGAGAUCCCGGCCAGGGUCAGCACGGUGCAAAGCCGAGGUGUAACUGACCUCGCUCUAGAAAUGACACCGCCAUUCUCAUAUCAUAACAAGUGGUUAUCGGCCACGUUCAAGAACGAUGCAGGAAUCCUCGAAAAAGCCGUCGAGCUCCACGCCGAAUGCGUCGACAAACUCAGGGCACAAAUUCCUGCCAACGGCUUCAGCACCAUGUGCUUCGCACAAGCUCUUCCUACACUCUAUGCAAAACGCAGCCAGGAAAGAGGCGGCAACGUUCUCGGGGUAGACCGGCUGGGUGGGAACUGCAUCACGUUCCUAGCGGCUGUGCACAUCAAGGACAAGGAGCAUGAGGAGUUCGGAUUCCGUGUCUUGCAGGAGUGGUAUGACAGUCUGAUUGGGUAUGCGAAGCAUACCGAGGUUUCCUGUUGGGAGGACUGGCUGUACCUCAACUACGCCGACAAGUCACAGAACCCGCUGCGAGCCUAUGGCGAGGAUAAUGUCAACAAGAUCCGAGCCGAGGCUCUCAAAUAUGAUCCUGACGGCGUCUUUCAGACGAAGUGCCCUGGUGGAUUCAAGAUCACGAAGACCUAG